CUAAAAGGGGUUCCGAUUAUCGACGAGAUCUAUAUUAUAAACGGUUCCGAUUAUGUCGGGCCCACUAAAUGCUAACUAGAGGGGAGACCGGAGGGAAGAAACUGGAGGGGAGGCAAACCCUUCUAACCUACCCUUUGCUUCAAAAACAAAUAAGGGAAGAAAAGCGAAAAGCAAAAUAAAAAUCCUUUUUGUCUUUUCUUUCUCAAUGAGAAAAAUCGUUUUAUUAAACCUAUUUAAGGCUCCAGCAAUUUGAGAAAGCCAGAGUGGGCUAAACUUGGGACCUCACGAAAACGUAGGAUGCAUGGCUUUGAACAAAUGGCAAAUUGUAACUACUGCAAUUAGAUUACCUCCUCCAUACUCCACAAAGUAAAUGCAUUUGCGGCUCUGAACUACGGAAAAUAUUGAAGGAAAUGGACUAUGUAUAUAGUUGUAUCCUGAACCGUCUUUGGAACCCACGUGCAUUGAACGGUUCCAGACUCAUCUGUGCCCGGAUCUGCACUUUUGUCUGUGUAGCAUUGUUGCUACACUUGUAGCUCAUCUUUUUGUGGUCCUGAACUGUCUAUGGGACCCACUUGCAUUGAACGGUUCCAGACUCAUCUCUGCCCGGAUCUGCACUUUUGUCUGCGUGACAUUGCUGCUACACGCCUACACUCACUCGUAGCUCAUCUUUCUGUGGUCCUUCACUAUUCCCCACUGAAGGGACUUUUUGCAUUCUCUAAGCUUUUUAGACACCCUUCUAUUGUGGGUUUAUCUAUGGUGUAAUUUGAGUUGGCUCUCGUGAAGUUCUCCUUAAAUUUACAAAAACAUUCUGACCAAAGAACACAUCUAAGCUCAGGCAGGCAACAACUGACUUCUCUUGCUCGCUUGUAUGUCCUUAAUUAGGAUCAUCUUCUUUUUCGAGAAAUAAUAAAAAAACUCGUGGAGAAUUAACCACGAAAGUCCAAAAAUCAAAGAUCGAGAAUCAUCUCGAGUAAGGAAGAAAAGAAGAAAAACCAAAAGAAACUGUAGUUUGCCCACGUUGAGUUUUUGAGAUUGUUAGUCUAUAGAUUCGUUUAUCUUGUACUUUAAUUUUUUGCAGGGGACAGAAGUUGAGGGAUAUGGGGAGUACGAGCAGAGACAUCAAGUCGGAAACAGUUCCUAUGGCUACAAGUUUUGAAUUUGAUUUGGAGGGAAAUUCUUCUAAGCAAUUGCUCCAAACAAAGAAUCUUGGAUUCCAUCUUGUUGAGUCUGGUAAUGGUAAGCAGAGCAACGGUUAUAAUCAUGCUGAGAGUGGUACGACUCGGAUGGUUAAUCUCCAUGGGAAGCCUAUUAGUUCUGACCUUUCCAAAACUGGUGGUUGGUUUGCCGCCGCCUUCAUUUUUGGGACUGAAAUGGCUGAGAGAAUGGCUUAUUUUGGACUUUCGGUGAACAUGGUGGCGUUUAUGUUCUAUGUCAUGCAUCGGCCUUUCUCAUCCUCAGCCAACGCUGUUAACAUCUUCCUGGGAAUAUCGCAGACCUCUUCCGUUCUUGGUGGCUUUUUAGCCGACGCAUAUCUAGGUCGAUACUGGACUAUUGCAAUUUCCACCACUCUAUAUCUUGCAGGUUUGACAGGAAUAACCUUAUGCGCAACAAUGCACAUUUUCGUGCCAAAACAAGACGAGUGCGAUAAAAUUGCCCUGCUACUAGGCACCUGCGAGCCUGCAAAACGGUGGCAGAUGCUUUACCUCAACACGGUUCUUUACUUGACUGGAUUCGGAGCUGCGGGAAUAAGACCUUGCGUAGCUGCUUUUGGAGCAGACCAGUUCGACGAAACGAGUAGAGACUACCAGUCUCACCUAGACAGGUUUUUCAAUUUGUUCUAUCUUUCCGUAACUACAGGGGCAAUUGUGGCUUUCACUGCAGUAGUCUAUAUUCAAAUGCAACACGGAUGGGGAUCGGCUUUUGGUGCUUUGUGCAUCGCGAUGGGUGUGGCAAACACAGUUUUCUACCUUGGGACUCCGUUGUAUAGGCACAGGCUACCUGGGGGCAGUCCUCUGACUCGCGUUGCACAAGUUUUGGUUGCUGCCUUUCGGAACAGAAAGGCUUCGUUGAAUGGUAGUGAGAUAGUGGCGAGACUGUAUGAGGUUCCGGGAAGUAGUUCUGCUAUCAAAGGCAGCAGCAAGAUAGCUCAUACUGAUGAUUUCAGAUGUUUAGACAAAGCAGCCCUGAAACUGACCGAACACGGCGCCAAUCCGAGCCCAUGGCAGCUUUGCACCGUGACACAAGUAGAAGAAGUCAAGAUACUUCUAAGACUCAUUCCAAUUGCAGCCUCCAUAAUAGUCCUCAGUGCAGUCUUCACAGAGUACUUGACUCUCUCAGUUCAACAAGCAUACACACUGAACACAAACAUGGGCCACCUCAAGCUACCCGUCACGUGCAUGCCCGUCUUUCCCGCCCUCAGCAUAUUACUCGUACUCUCUCUGUACUACCUGAUCUUCGUCCCUUUGGCCCGCCGCAUCACAGGUCAUCCCCAUGGAGCCUCUCAGCUUCAGAGGAUGGGGAUUGGGUUGGCAGUUUCGAUCGCGUCAGUGACUUGGGCUGGGGUUUUUGAGAGGCACAGAAGACAUUAUGCGAUACACCAUGGGUUCGAGGAUAGCUAUCUAACUGCUAUGCCCGAUUUAAGUGCGUACUGGCUUUUAAUCCAGUAUUGCCUAAUCGGGAUAGCAGAAGUAUUCUGCCUCGUGGGAUUACUGGAGUUUCUGUACGAGGAGGCCCCGGAUGCCAUGAGAAGCAUGGGGACUGCAUACGCUGCGGUUGGUGGCGGUUUAGGGUGCUUUGGCGCCACUAUAUUGAACAACAUUGUGAAAUCUAUAACUGCUAAGGGAGACGAUGAGGGCGGAAGAGAAUCGUGGUUAUCUCAUAAUAUCAAUACUGGGAGGUUUGAUUACUUCUAUUGGGUUCUUUCGGUUCUUAGUUUUAUCAACUUCUGCGUUUUUCUGUAUACGGCAAGCAGGUAUCAGUACAGAGUGAAGGGGGAAACAGAGAAAAACGGAGGAGACAAGUAAAUGAGCAAACAAGUCGGUAAACAGUUUAAUAGUAUUAGGAAGUUAUGCAUUUUAUGUUUUAGAAGAGACAUGUCUGAAACAUGAACAAUGCGUUUGUGGUUAUACUUGAUGCCUAUGAAUUUCUCUCUCUUGUCCGAUUAAUAAAUUUACUGUGUUUGUGGUAAUACUCGAUGCCUAAUUGCAUCCACUUGCAUGAUUAAAAUCUUG